AUGCCCAACAUGGUAGUCCGAAAGCCAUUGCCGCAAACAUAUGAUGGCACCGGCUCCGGCUCGCCUGGCGGUGUGAACAGCGACAGCGUGCCGGACAUUCUGCGGCCUGGUCGGAAUCCGCAUCCCAACGCAUACAGCCCAGCUCCGCCUAGUCCAUACUCCAACUUUCAAACGGACGAACAGUCGGCCUGGGCUCAGCCGGCGCCGCCGGCAAUGCCGCAGGGCAUGACGAGCCAGGACGACAGCUCGCAGCAACCAACACAGCGGCAGCAGCCGCCGCCGGUUCCGACUGCGGUCCCAACGAUUCUCUUGCAGAGCGCCACCGGCAGCAGCACGGCGUCCGGCUUCUCUGAAACGAACCCCUUUAAGCGGAAGGCGGUGAUGUCCGCGGAAAGCCCAGUUCAAAGUCCUGCUGUCGCCGCGCCUCUAUUGCCUUCCUCGCCUGCGCCGCCGCCCCCGCCAGCAUCCCAACCUCUCCCGCCGACAACAGGCUUCUCUCAGUUAAGCAUGGACGACCAAACCGGAAACCCGUGGCAACCCACGCCUAUCGACGGCAGGCGCGGCUCCCAGGCCCCAAUACCCGUGAUCCCUGAAAACGAGGCCGUAGGGGGAGGCGAGAAUGCGUGGGCAUCACAGAAUGCAACUGAGUCGCCAUUCAGGCGACCGUCGCCAAAUCCAGCAGCUUCGAACCGGGACUCGAAUCUGAUCAGCUUCCCUCCCGACGAAGACGCCGACAUUGCUGGCUGGGACGAAGUGGCCUCACCAGUCGCAGCACCAGGAGCCGGUGCAGCAAGCAUGCCUCCGCCCCGGCCACCAUUUACGCCUCUGAAUGGCAAAGAGGCCGCUAGCGACAGCAACCCUGUCUUCGAAGACAGAAAUGCGUGGGACGACCUCGGUGCUGGGAGCGGCCAACCCCAGCCGUUGCCAACCAACCUCGUCACCGAGCCAGCCGGGGAAGGCUGGAACCUGGUCGACAACGAGCCGGUGCCUGGCCAGCUCUCCCGGCAGAGCACCUGGGAGAACUUUACGGAUGAUGAAGAGGACGUCGAACAGCCAAACAGCAGCCAAGCCAAGCCAGCCAACCCCCCCCUCAAGCCCAAGAACAAGAACAAGAACAAGCUCAAGGACAAGAAUGUCGUCCCCUCAGUGCCAGUGGGUGCAGUAGACACCUCUGCGCCUCUGAUCUCAAUCGACUCACCACCACCAACAAGUAAACCGGACGAGCCAGCUGCCAGCCUGCAAGCAGUCUCCCAGGAAGCCGAAGAACCAGCUCCUCGUCUGCCUCCGAGGAGCAUGCUGGAUGUCGAUGGCGAUACACCGCCACGACAGCCGCCGCGUCCCUCGCAAUCGGCAAAGGCCGAGACGUACCAGGUCAAAAAUAUUUCGUGGUACGACGUCCGUGCAGCCCAGAACCCCCGGGUAUCGCCCAUCCUCGUACAAAACGCCAAUGGCCCUUGUCCAUUGGUCGCCCUGGUCAACGCCCUCACUCUCACCACCCCCGCCGACAUCUCCACGGCUCUCGUCGAGACAUUACGGUCACGGGAGCAGGUCAGCCUGUCGUUUCUCCUUGAUGCCGUGUUUGAUGAGUUGAUGUCGUCCCGGAGAAGCAGCCGCAACAGCGACCUUCCCGACGUUGAUGAGCUCUACAAGUUCCUCAAGGGCCUCCAUACGGGCAUGAAUGUGAACCCGCGCUUUAUCCCGACACAACAAGUCAUCACUGCUUUCCGCCGUACGUCUCUCACGCACCUGCACCCGACAGAGCGCGACGACAUGAUCCCUGGCACGUUUGAGGAUACCCGCGAAAUGCAACUGUACGCGACUUUCAGCAUUCCGCUCAUCCACGGCUGGCUCCCAAAAAAAGGAGACGGUGCCUAUGAGGCGCUGAGUCGCCAGGCAGCGUCAUAUGAGGACGUCCAAAAUCUGCUAUUUCGCGAGGAGGAGCUGGAGCAAAAGCUCAGUAGCCCAAGCGGCGACGGCUUGACAGAGGACGAACAGCAAGUCUUCCAGGACAUUCUGGAGAUCAAGAAUUUCUUGCACGGCUCCGCCACUCAGCUAACACCAUUCGGUCUCGACAUUGUUGCCAAGGCUAUGCGCCCAGGCACAUUUGCCAUUCUUUUCCGGAACGACCAUUUUUCAACGCUUUACCGCCACCCGCAGACGAUGCAGCUUCUGUCGCUGGUGACCGAUGCUGGCUAUGCAAGCCACGACGAGGUCAUCUGGGAGACGCUGGUCGACGUGAAUGGGGAGCACGCCGAGUUCUACUCGGGCGACUUCCGUCUCGUGGGCAACAGUAUGCAGCAAAAUGCUUCAUCUGGAACAGCAGGAUCCGGCAGCCGACAUGGUGGGAGUGCAUCCAACAUCCAAAACGGCUGGACAACGGUGCGCGGCCGUCGCCAGAACCAAAGCGAGCAACACGAGAGCCAUUCUCCGCUGCUCUCCAACGAUGAGCUGUCGAGACACGAGCAGGAAGAUCGUGAUCUUGCACUGGCGCUCCAGCUCCAGGAGGAGGAGGAGGAGCAACAGCGCGCUGAUGAAGCACGCCGCAACAGUCGACUGUCCGAGCAGUUUAUCGAACAGAAUGCUCGGCCGGCCAACCAGUCGCGCCGUCCUAGCAACGCAGCGGGUGGCGGGCGGUACAACAGCUCACAACCCGUCCCGGUUUCGUCCCGGCGCAGCUCUGCUGGCUUCACCCCCGGCAACCUCCUUGACAGCAACCCCAACCACCGUCGCACUUCGUCGUCCUCCGCGUCCGGAUCGGCACUCGGGUCCACCAUGUCGAAUGGCCAGCGGAUCGGCCAGUACAGCAGUGGGCGCACGCCGUCACGAUCCCCGUCCCAUCAGCAAGUCGUCCGCCCACUUGUGCCUCCCACCUCCACGUCACGCGUGAACACACGCCCCGCGGUCAACCGCCCAGCCGACAACGACGAGAACGACGAAGCACCGCCAUCAUACGAGCAAGCUGCGAAGCUGGCUCCGUACCAUCCGCCGCCCGGCGCUCCCGGCUCAGAAUCUGCAGCGGGCGGCAGAAACAGCGCGGCUGGAAGCAGCAGCAAUCUUGGCGGCAGCAGUGGCGCGUCCAUCUCGACACCGUCGCCUCGGCCGCUUGGGGGCUAUGCUACAACCUCGGGACGGCAGAGUUUCGCUCCAGGUACCUACAGUGCGUACCAGCAGCAGCAAGCUGCAAGAAGCGACCGCGACUGCACGAUUAUGUGA